GGAGUUGCGCAUCGGCCCCGCGCACCUUCCUAAGAUGGCGGCGGCAACAGCAGAGACGCCACCGCGUCUCCCCGAACUGCUGGAAUCGGGCUGGCGGCUCCUGGAGGAGGUGGACGCCAGCACGGAGCCCUCCUCGGGGGCCCCGGCGCUCCAGGACAAGGUCCGGCGGGGGCUCGACCUCCUGCAGCAGGCAGCCCGCGGCGUAGCGCAGCUCGACCUCUUCAGCCAAAAUGAAGACCUGGAGGAGAUUGCAUCUGCUGACCUGAAGUAUCUGCUGCUACCUGCUUUGUUGGGAGCCCUCACCAUGAAACAAGUCAAUCUCAGCAAGCGACUGGAGCAUGUGCAGAGUGCUCGUGCCCACUUCAUGGACUUCCUGAAGCUCUGCAAGAACUACCAGAUUGGCAAGUUCCACCUUCCACCAAUGCCAGAGAGUCCUAAUGAAAAUGAGCCUAGAGAGAGUACUUCCGGGGCUGGCCCAGCUGGCAGACAGUCCAGUCUCGUGGCCAUGGCAUCUAGUAGACAAGCAAAAAUUGAAAGAUACAAGCAGAAGAAGGAGGUGGAGAAUAGGUUGGCCUCCAUGAAAGCUUUUUUGGAGAGUGGCCAGGCGGAGGAGGAACAGAUACGGGAAUUCUACAUGCUGCAAAUCCAGAAGUGGAUCACAACGAGCCUGGAGGAAAUAGAGAGCAUUGACCAGGAAAUGGUGAUUUUGAGAGGAAGGAAUGCACUAAAACAGGCUUCAGCACCUCCUCAAACUUCUCAGCAUCCCAGGACUGCAAUGAAACCUUUCAUUCUCACCCGAGACGCCAUGCAGGCUAAGGUGUUAGGAGCUGGCUAUCCUAGCCUGGCAACGAUGACAGUAAAUGAUUGGUAUGAACAGCGCUGUAAACAGGGCAUCAUGCCUGACAAAGGCAACCCCCUGACAGCAGCAGCAAAUCUUUCUGAAGAGGAGCUGCAGAAAGAGCAGCAGGAGAAGAAGGUGGAAGAGGAUGAUGAGGAAACUCUACAGAAAAUUCGAGCCUGGGAUGACUGGAAAGACACACACCCAAAGGGAUAUGGGAACCGAAAGAACAUGGGCUGACUGUCGAAGGGAUGAGUAGGGCAGGAGAGUCUCAACUGAGUGCGCUCCAUGAUACAGCGGGAGUAUAUAGCUGUACAUAUGCAGGGUGGUCCUUGGUUUCUGCUGGGGGCUCACCUGUGGAAGGGGAGUGAACUGGACAAUUUGUCUUGAUUUACAUUAAAUAUCAGAGAGUGCACUUGUCAUGGAGUGAUGAUGUGGCAAAGCUUCAUCAAGUGGGGGGCCUUUACUUGAGGGAUCAGAGCAAAACUUCCCUGAUCCUCCUAAAGUCCUAUUCAUUUGAAAGUGGCUCUUUGUAUUGUUGAUGGCUGUAUUUAUUUUUCUCUAUUUUUAAAAGAAUAAAUUUUCUUGUGCUGCUUAA